CACUAAAAAAAGAGCUUUUAUAAAUAUUUGUUAAGAAAAACAUUUUUUAAUUCGAUGACGAAUUGCUCGUUUGUCCGUCCGUUUUAAUGAACAGUAUCCUCUAUACCUACAAAUUAAAUCUCCAGUUGACACAAUUGGCUCUUGCUAAACUUGCGCUCGUCCCGAAUAUCAAACAGGCGAAAAUUUUCUUGUGCUGUCGCACAACCAUCGUGUCGUCCGCGUUCGUGCGUUCGCACAAACAGGAUGUAAUUGCCGCCGAAGACGACGACGACAAAAUCCAUACGACGAGUUACGUGUCGAAGAACGAAAUUUUUUUUCGUUCGACUCUUCUUCGAGGAGAGUCGCCGCGCGUGUAUACCGUAAGUCUCGUAAUUACGCGAAUACGUACAUAUACACGCAUAUGCGUUGCACGCACGCGUCGCGUUGCGGGAAUUUAUCGCAAAUAAUUUCGCGAUAUAUCAGUAUACAAACGUGUGCGGCCUACUUGAAACGUCGUUGCGUUCAUUAGAAAAACCGGGAAUUACACGCGCGCGCGACUCUUCUCCGCGUAUUCAUAAAUAAAAUCAUUAAUCUAAUCUGCGAUCUGUGUCUAUCGCCUCGUACUGUUCACCUAUUAACCUUUUUUUUUGAACAUAAAAAUUCUCGUCUUUAACCGAAAGGGAUUAUUAGAAUACUUAAAAAUUCUUAACGCGUAAAUUUUAUUACCUCGUAAAUUCAAGUUGUUGAUAAUUAUAUACUAACUAAACGCGCCGCUUAUGAAAAGGCUUGAUGAUUGUUUUCACACUUAUAAUAGAUUAUUGAUUGACAGCUCGCAAAAUGACACGAAAGAAUUUUCUGCUGCUGCUCGGUCUGAUUAUGUUGAACGAAUUAUCUACGUCAAGUGUGGGAAAUGCGAAAAAAGAACCGCAUCAUCAAAGUUUUCAUCACAGACAAAAACGAGUUCUUUGGUUCACGAAUGACGGACGGAUCGCUUUACCCCCCGGUACCGUCAUGACCAUUACGCCUACUUUGGCCUUACCAUUCGUCAGGCAUCCUCCAUAUGGUUUUCUCAGCAAUAUGACCAUUAGUCUGCCGUUUACAAUCGAUUUCGACAAACUGGGUCUAACGGAUAACGAAAAUCCUUACGGUGCUCUCCCGCCAGCUUUUGACAGAAAGCUGAAGAGCCGACAGGCGGGCAUGAUGAUGGCAGACUUUAUCGCGGCAUUUAUCAAACGCAGAUUGCACAAACGGGACGUGAUGGAAGUGCCGAAAAAUGCAUUCCACGGCGGCGAACGGGCUUUGCUCUACGGUACCGCCGAAGAUAUGCUCACCACUUUGGGAAUGAACGGGAAAGCGUGUUUAUUGAGAGCGAUUUGCGAGAUUCAGGGCCACCCUUUGAACAACUUCGGUCUGAUCGGCGAAAUGCUGAAACUGUUUCUCACUGCUAGCCGAUCGCCUUUCGCGAAUCUUCUUAAGGAAUACGUCGAGGCUGAAAACCGCGGAAAAUUUCACGGCGAAUGCUGGCCCUACUUCAAGGAUUGUCCGAAAUCCUUAUUUCUGCCUUCCACUAACAAAUAUGAAGAAAACUCGGUGCAUGAUGAGGAGAGGGAGAAGGAGGACGAAAAUUGGAAUCAAAUCUCGAGUGACCUGGAAGAAGAUCCUCUCACGAGGAUAUCGCAGAAUAUGAAGGAUACCAUACAUCCUAUGUAAUUUUAUAGUUGCGCAAUUUAUGGUUUAUACCAUGGACUCUGAUACUACGUAUAUUAUGUCUCAUUAAUUUCGAAGAUGAGAAACCGCCAAAAGUUUGGCUAGUCGUCAGCAUUUUUUUUUUUUUAAUGUUAACACUUGACAAGUGUUAUAAAAUAUUUUAAAAUAAUAACAUUUAUUUGUACAGUGUUAAUAUUAGGUUGUAAAUUAAGUUCUGCUUCAAUCAAAAGUUUCACGUUUGUCACUUCAUUACUUACAUUAAGUCCGACGGCUUAAGUCAUAAGAAACUUUAUAUUGUCAGAGAGAUAACCAGAGAGAUAGAAGAACUCUAUCUCCUUCGUUUACUAGCAUAUAUGUGACGGGAUAUCAAAUCAGCACAAUAGGAGAGUGUGAAUCUUUAACGAGAAAUAUUUUGAGCCAAUAGCGCAAGGUGAACAUAAUUCAAAACACGAGGAGUAAGAAUUUUUCAUUAUCAGUUCUUCGACUAAAACGUAAACUAUUGAUCAUAUCAGACAGAAGAAUGUUAAAUAAGUCAACUAACAAAAUCAGUGAGACAAUAUUAUGGUAAUGAAAAUUUCUUAAAGUAGUAAAAAGAGAGUGUGUGUGUGUAUGAUCCUAAUUUCAUUACUUCAGUCUCAUCUCUUUUCAUUUUUUUCUGCAAACACUGUUAGAUUACCAAUUGUUUCGGUCGAUGCAGCGAAUAACACUUUAUCAUUUUUUUUUUAAUUAAAAAGUAGAUUUUGCAUUAUUUGAUACUGAUAAUCGUUUUUAACGAAAACUUUAGUUUAUAUCCUGAUAUUUUAAGCAAUUUAGUCAUUUAACUGCGUGCGAUGCGAUUCGUACGUUUAGAAUAAACGCGUGAUAAUCAUGCUUGUGUGAUUUUAUAUAGAAAUAAGAAAUUAUAAACUAUUUGUUAUAUUUUACUUUAUACAUAUAUAUAUAUAUAUAUAUACU